GUGCUGAAGUCGCACGACAUGAAGCAAGAGCUCAGCAGGUACCUUCAUAAACUUUCAGUUCCCAGCGUAACUAAACAAAUAAACAUUGAAAUUACCCAUCUCUAUUCAAUUUAAUCAGUUAGGAAUGGAAUGAAGUCUAUCCUAACCCACCGCCCAGCACGGCGCCGACUGCUCAGACAUCUCAAUCAUAGACAUAAUAAACACCAUCAUGUCCACUACAGCACAACCCCAAAACGCCCCAUAAUCUACCCCGAAGCUCCUAAUCAUAGCGAACACCAUGAUCUCGCAUCCUACGCCGCAUACGCAGAGCGCACCGGCCUAGACCAGAAAUCCAAGACGUACAUCGGCACGCGGUAUGAGUACACCGUAGCCAACGCUCUUACCACCCUCGGUUUCGAGUUACGUCGGAUAGGCGGGAAAUCCGACCGGGGGAUCGAUUUGAUGGGGUUAUGGCAUAUCCCCGCCGCAUCAUCCCCUUCUUCCCCCUCUAACACCACGCCCUCUCCCUCUACAGAGACAACCCCCACGACGGCCCUACGCAUCCUAAUCCAAUGCAAACUGAGCACGACCCUCAGCACGACCAAAAUCGGACCGCACCACGUCCGCGAGCUCGAAGGCGCCUUUGCAGGCGGACCUCCCGGUUUCCGUCGCGGACCGGGUCUUCUAGCGCUACUCGUUGCUCCGCGACCCGCGACUAAGGGCGUGCGUGAUGCGCUAGGAGGGAGUAGGAGGCCGUUAGGGUAUGUGUGUUGCUCGCCGGAGGGCCGGCUGGAGCAGAUGUUGUGGAAUCCGCAGGUGGAAGAGGAGGGGCUUGAGGGUGUUGGUGUUGGGGUGCAGUUUGUUCGGAAAGAGGGCAAUGGGGAGGGGAAAGAAGAGGGAGGCGAGGAGAAAAGGCUGACGUUGACUUGGAAGGGGAGGCCGUAUGUGCCUUACCAACGACCUAUAGGCGAGUCGGGUGAAGCUUAGUUGUGGUUGAUUUGAAGCUGCAAAUUAUAUGACCGGAAUAUGAGGAGGCUUAUGGAAUGCUCAGCGUGCAUUGAAGUUAGAUACCCAAGAUUAUGCAUCAUGGUAACAUCCAGAUUGCCACAACAAAUGCACAUGUCAUCACGAAUUCCACA